GAAGAAAAUACAGGCUGCAGAUGAUCUCAGGUGUCCUAAAGACGCACAUCACUUCUCAUCUUAUCCAUCUUGUUAACAGACAGAAGAUACCGGAAUGGAAGAACUGCUCAACACAUUGAGAACUUUACUUCGUGGUCGCAGUUUGUUGACUCCCAGCAAAGAUGAAAAACUUCUUAUCGACAAGCUGACAGGACUGGUUACAAACAUUAAAUGGAACCCAGAGGAAGUUACUGACUUGUUUGAUGCUCUUCUGAAACGAUUUGAUUGGACAACAAAUGACAGAUCACAUCUCGUCUCGUGGCUGUUGAAAAUGUUGCACUGCAUAGAGAUUCAUUUAAUCACUCCCAGCUGGAAAUGUCAGAAAUCAGGAAAGACAUUAAUUCAGCUGGUUCAAGACAAGACUGUAACAGACGAAAAACUCAAGAAAUAUUUAGCUGAUGACAGAGAAAAGCAGCUGGAUGAAAUUCUUCAGGAAAUCCGUGAGCAAAAACUCAACCAAGUUGAUGACAAGCUUUUAGAUGAUGUGAAAGACAUCGUGUCAUCAGUUUAUGAAGCUCUUUCUUCAAAGACUCAUGUAUCACAGAGGAGAGACUUGGAUAAAGACUUGUUGAAAAAAGACUUGUUGAGGCUGUGUCAAGAAGUGGAAAAAACUCACUUCAGACCACGACUGACACAGAUGGUGAGCUGGUGUAUUAUGGCUCUGUCUAACACAGGAAGGUUAAUUCAGGUUGGCACUGGAGAGGGGAAGUCCUGUAUUGUAGCAAUGUUUGCUGCUUUUCGAGCUAUGAGAGGACAAACUGUGGACAUCAUGUCCAGCUCAUCAGUUCUUGCAGAAAGAGAUUUGGAAGAUUGGAAAAGAUUUUAUGAGGCUUUGAAGAUCAGUGUCUCUUGCAACACCAACAAAAAUGACAAAGACUCGAAAAAGUGCUAUGAGUGUCAGGUUGUUUAUGGUACUGUGGAAGAGUUUGCUGGAGACUGGCUGCGUCAUAACUUUCAAAGGAGGAACAUAUUUGGGCAAAGAACAUUCCAGUGUGCCAUUGUGGAUGAGGUGGAUUCCUUGAUGCUUGAUAAGGGCCUUCAUGUGGUCUAUCUAAGUAGUGACAUGCCUGCUUUGCAACACCUUAACCCACUCUUGGCAUUCAUAUGGGCCACUGUUAACCAGUACGUAAAGACCGACACACAUGGAAUUCUGGGGCCAAAAUACCCCUUUCAUCGGGUUGUGCUUGAUCAAAUAAAGGAUAAAGAUAUUGAUCAGUGCACCAUCUUUCAAAUGGCCGAGGACACAGGAAUACUGCCAAAAGGUUUAGCAAAACAGCUUAGGAACAAUCAAAGCCUUCUAAAUGAAAAAAAUAAAAACGCAACUGCUAACCAGUUGGCAAACUUCUUUAAGAUGGUAGAGAGGAGGUUCCCAUCUUGCCAGUUUGCUCUGCACUGCAUGAAUAAUGAUGGUUCAGUAGAGGACUGGAACAAAAGUCCACAAAAAGAAUCAACUGAAAAACCAGUAUCACUGCUUUUAAUGGAUGGAGGCCUCUGUCAGUACAUAUAUUCUGAUCAAAACUGUGCUGUGAGAGCUGUGGAAGCAGAUACACAACACGUCCUGCGUUUUACACCAUGUGAACUGAGCCAGGAUAACUUUAGUCGUCACAUCUAUGUACCUGGCUUCCUCUCAGAUUUAGUGAGAUCAAAACUAAAGGUUUGGAUUAAAAAUGCAUUCUAUGCCCAAGAACUGACAACGGAUCAUGAAUAUAUAAUUGAGAAACAUGGGGUAGUGCCUGUCGACUAUAGCUGCACAGGCGUUGUUGAAAACUUCAUGCAAUGGACAGAUGGGUUACACCAGUUCCUUGAAAUGAAACAUGAGUCCAAGCUGAGUGCCAUGACAGCCAUCACAAACUACAUGUCCAAUGUUGGCUUGCUUCAAAAAUAUAAAGAUCAGAUUUUUGGAAUCUCUGGGACUCUUGGUCAACAAGCAGAGACUGAAACCUUGCAGAAAAUCUAUGGAGGUAUCAAGACCUGUCAGAUACCCUCAUUCAAACGCAGAAAGCUGUUUGAGGUUGAAGGAGUGAUCUUACAUGAUGAAGAAAAAUGGAUUGAAAACAUCUGCAAUGUUGUCACUGAACAAACCCAUCCCACUCCAUGUAGGGCUGAAAGAGCCGUGUUGGUCAUCUGUGAGACCAUCAAUCGAGCAAAAGUUCUCCACAAUGCCUUAGGAGACAAAGUCCCGAACAAAAGGCUUUACAUUAACAACAAUAUGGACAAUACUGAAAUCUUUGCCAAGAAACUUGAGGCAGGACACGUCAUUAUAGCAACAAACCUUGCAGGUCGUGGGACAGACCUUCAGGUUUCUGACCAGGUAAAGGAAGCUGGAGGUUUGUUUGUUGUACAGACCUUCCUGCCAAAGAACGCUCGUGUUGAGGCACAGGCAUUUGGCCGCACCGCCAGACAAGGAUCUCCUGGGUCUGCUCAGCUGAUUGUCUGCUCCAGCCAUUUGUCAGAACGACUCCAACUGUUAGUUUUGACAACAAAACAUCUAUCUUUAGUGAAAUCUAUCUUUACAAGAGUCAGACCAUCUCAUCAAGAUUUUGUGAUGCAGUUGAGGUUGUAUCAAAAAAGACAAGACAAUAACCAAACUAAAAAGAUGCCCUUAACACUGUCAUGUAUUUUGACUGAAAAUGCCAAUUUGGAAAUGAAGUUAAUUAAAGAGAUCAGAGAUGGCUCAGUAGCUGAAGAACUAGCUAGCUACUUGGAGUGUGACAUCCCAAAGAUAAAAAAGAAGGAGGAGCUCUUCAGUCAGUAUCUGAAUGUCUUGGAUGAAGUAUAUAAAGAGAAUAACAACAAGCCACCAGAUUCAUAUUUGUCUGCACUGAAUGAAUACUGGGGUAUGUGGCUACUCACAGACUUCAAUGAGAAUGACUCUAUCGUGGACUUAAAACACAAACUAACUGAGGACCUGAAAACAGCCAGGAAAAAACUCGGAGAGAGAAAAUCGCCCUUAUUGAACCCUCACCACUACACUGCAUUCGGUAAUGAGCUGCGCAAACAUGGACGUGUUGCAGAGAGUAUCAGGAUGUACACUGAGGCCAUACAGGAGGACCCCUGCUGGGCAGCAAUUGCAUACUACAACCGUGCUUUUGCAUAUUUAACCCAGACAGACGGGCGUCAGGGCCCAGACUGCAUCGAUCGAGCUCUGGAAGAUUUGCAAAACGCGUUAAAGUCCGCUGAGCUUCACUGUGAACAAAUUCAGGCCACUCAAAGAUACUUCAAACAACAACGAAUCAACAACCCCAGCAGUGACUCAAUCACCAGAUUUGACAUUCACAUGAUAACCAGAUACAGUCUGUUGUCAUUUUUCAAGACAAACAUUAAUGAGGCCAUAAAGAAGGUAGACUUGGCCAGAGACCUUGAUGGACAUGUAAAAGUGCAUGAGAGUCUGGUCUACUUCCUGGUUCCACUACUGCAUUUUCUGCCUUUGCUGCUCAUUUUGCCUGAGUCACUGAGUCUGGUCCGGUCCAGAGACCCUCUGAAGAUCCGACAGCUCAUCAGUCAUCCCUCCUUUGACAUUAUCAGAGAACUUAUUUGUCUCGAGUCUCUGGGCCUGACUCAUGUCUAUACCUUAGACACACUUUUCUCUUUGGAAGACUUUUUUCUCAAAGAUUCAUCGGCAAAUAAGUCAAACUUUUGAUUAGAUGUCAGACAGUCAACACUGGAGUUGUAAAGUGACAGCCAUGAACUUCUAGAGAAGAAACAGACUAGAUCCAACUUGCUGUGGAUUCUAAGCUUCUUUCAUCACGGCAAGUUUUGAAGAAAUCAGUCAUCCUUUAGACAAGGAUGUCAGCAAACUGAAUCAAAAACAUGAAAGUCAAUCGAAGAAAAGGUUUCAGGUGCAUUUUUGAUAUGAUGUUAAUCAGUGCAGGUUUUCUUUCCAUUAUUACAGUAGUUUUUAUAGUUUUUAUUUUAGUUUAUAUAUAUAUAUAUACAUCUAUAUUGUAUAAAUUUAAAAGUUUUCUGCUAUAUUUUGGUCUUUGCAAGAUGAAUUUACAUAUAACAUUCACUUACAUUAAUGUUGUGAUAUUGACACUACACUAAUAUUGUAUCUAGUAUUUUACUUUUUGGAACAUACACCUGAAAAUGCUGUGUAAAAUUUGUAUAUACAAAGUUAUUGUAUCACAUUUCAUUCACUGAAGUAUAAUAUAACAUGUGUCAUUUUAUUAAUUUAUAAAGACAUUUUGAUUCUGUAUAAUAUAAUCAAGCUAUCAUCUGAAAUAUGGUGGUUAUUGGCAAGUCAGUUUAUAUACGCAUCCCUUCAGUGUAUUUAUAGUCUUUGUUUUUAAUUUUAGUUGUAAAUUUAAUUAGCUAAUUAUGAGUAACUUUGUUUGAUUAACUUGUUUUAUUUAAAAUUAGAUUUUUAUUUAGGAUAUUUACAUUUUCAUUUACAGUUAAUAUUUGAAUCCCGGUCUGGGCCCUUCUAUGUGGAGUUUGCAUGU